GCCACGGCAUCACACCUGGAAGGAGGAAGAGGUUCUUGCUGACCAAUCGCUCUGUAACCAGGACAGGAACUCCAGUUCAGACCAGGAGGAACCAGGACUUCCACAGAUAAAAAAGGAACAUAAGGAUCUAGGACUUCCAAAGGGAAAACCAAAAAGUUUAGAGAUGAAAGAGGAGCAGGAGACUGAAACCUUUAUGGUAACUUCUGUUAAAAAGGAAAUAAAUUACAGGGAACUACAACCAAAUAGGGACCAAUGGUUCUUUCAGAACUCUUCUAUGUCUGAGAGCCAAGUUCAGGAAGGAAACAGAAAAACAGACUCAGGAUUUAGCAAAGAUGAAGAGUUGAAACAGCAUAAGAGAAGUUCACAAACCAGAGGUCACGGCAACAAUGUAGACCACCCAAAAGCAAAAAGCAUCCCCAAAAAGCGUUUUGUGUGUUUGACUUGUGGGAAAAAAUUCUGUGCAAAAAGUUAUUUAACUGUUCACAUGAGAACUCACACAGGUGAGAAGCCUUUUUCAUGUCAGACGUGUGGAAAAAGUUUCAUUCGUAAAAGCAAUUUGAAUGCUCACAUGAAAACUCACACAGGUGUAAAGCCUUUCUCGUGUAAAACGUGUGGAAAAAGUUAUAUUUCUAAUUAUAAAUUGAAUAUUCAUGUGUUAACCCACACAGGUGAGAGACCUUUCUCAUGUCAGACAUGUAGAAAAAGUUUUGUUCGCAAAGAUACUUUGAACACUCACAUGAAAAUUCACACAGGCGAGAAGCCUUUUUUAUGCCUGAUCUGUGGGAAAAGUUUUGUUUUAAAAUCUUUUUUAAACAAGCACAUGAAAACUCACAGAGAUUGUAAAGUGUAA